UGUAAUGUGCAAAUCAAGAACCAACCCUACCAAGCAAUAAUUGAUAGUAGUACUGCUGUGAGCAUGAUUGCUUAUAGUAUUAUCAAUGAGCUAGGACUAAAAAUUGAACAUGCUUCUACUAGUCUCAUUGUAUCUGCUGUCAGAACCUCUACACGACUACUUGGAAUUAUUAAAGACCUCCCUAUAGAGAUUGAAGGUGCUCGCAUACCUAUUACAGUUGAAGUA